AUAGUGCGCCGAGUUACUGCGCAACGAGUCUGCGCCCGUGCGGCGCGUCGCGUUUGAAAAAGCCAGAGGAAGAUGGCGGAUGCCUGACGCUUUUUGCAGUCUUUUCGACUUUGCCACGCUCAUUCGGCCUGAUUUUGCUGCUUGGAGACAAUAUAUUUGUCUUAGCAAUUUCUCACAAUGAGUUCAAAACGGAGAAUGAAGCAUGAACCUGAGGAGGAGGCAGCUCCAUCUCCCAGCACCAGCAAAAAGACGAAAAAAGGUGAAAAGCCGACCCCUGACCUUGCUGCCACUGUGCUGAACAAACGUGGAAUGCCACAGCGCAUUCGUAAGAAAAACAGGCUUUAUGAAAAUGACGAUAUUGUCACUCCAACCAAGCAGUCGCCUAAAAAAGCAACAGCAGUCACUCCUGCGACACCCAAGCCUACCCCUCCAUCUACCCCCAAGGUGACGACCCCCAAGAUUGCCAUGAAAUCCACCCCCAAAGUGGUACCCACACCUCCGGUUGCAUCAACAUCGAAAGAUAAAGAAGAAGUCAAAGAGAAGGAAAAAGAGCCGCCCAAGAAAAAAGAGACCAAGCCUCAGUCAGAGAAAAAAGUCAAAGGUGUUUCAAUCCUCACGUCUGACACAUUUGUGGCCCCAGAUAAGAAGAUUGCACAGAAAAUUGGCGUUCGGCUCAGAAACUUGUUGAAGCUGCCCAAAGCUCAUAAAUGGGUUUGCUACGAAUGGUUCUAUAGCAACUUGGAUAGGCCUCUGUUUCAAGGUGACAAUGACUUCAUGACUUGUUUGAAGGAGUCAUUCCCUCAGCUGAAAACUCGAAAGUUGACACGAGUCGAGUGGUGCAAAAUAAGAAGGAUGAUGGGAAAACCACGUCGGUGCUCCCCAAGUUUCUUCGAAGAAGAGCGCCGUGAGCUGGAGAGAAAAAGAACCAAAAUCAGAGCCCUGCAGCAGAGAAAAGCGUCGACGGAUAUGUCAAUGUUCAAGGAAUUGCCAGAUGAAAUUCCCUUGCAACUCUCCAUUGGCACCAAGGUCACGGCUCGCCUUCGCAGGCCCCAAGAUGGUCUCUUCUCUGGCUCGAUUGACGCUGUUGAUACUUCAAAUAACACCUACCGUAUUACGUUCGACCGACAGGGUCUUGGCACCCACUCUAUCCCCGAUUAUGAAGUCUUAUCCAAUGAUAACCCUGAGAUGAUUUCUGUGGCAAGCAUUGCAGCCCGCAUGCGCCCCAGGUCGUAUAGCAGCCUGCCGUCUGAGAUGACCUCACGCUUGAAGAUGGACAACACUCCAUCAUUGCUGCCACCUAAGUUCAAACCACAGCACGCAGAGAGCACCGGAGGAUUCCCUGUCAAAUUGUUGGAGACAAUUGUCCGGCUGCAAAAAAUUCUGAAAAUCAAGCAGUUCCGUGUCAGCUCCCUGAGAGAAAUGAACUCUGAAGCUGAGCGGCGCGUGUCCAUGGGGAUUCCGUUCCCCCCUGACUUUGUACGACGCUACGCUAUUUCUGUGCUGGAACUAGACAGACUAAAUGUCGCUCUGUCUGAUUUGCUGAAUGCCAUGCAGGAGAAUUGUGGUGAUGGGUUGUCUGUAGACGACACCGUUGGCUCUGCGGUUGCUGUGGCACCUUCUACUUUGCGUCAACUCAGCGAGGAAGAAGCUCGAGUUGUUGUUAUUCGCCAAAACGAAGCAAAACAAAAUCAUAUGGUUAAGAGCGAUAGGGCAGUUCAUCUUAUUUCCUCUUUGACCAGCAUUAUGCUUCAGCUGAAGGGUUUGGUGCUUGCUGAAGGUGACAAUGCAUUUGAGCUGCAAGUGCUGCAAGAAACGGUGGACAAAGUGCGCCAGAUGCUACACCCGUCAUCUUUAAAAAUUUUCCGAGAAUGCGUCGAGGACCCCCUUGACAAAAUCCAGCUGGGUAUGGGACACCGUGGAAUGCUGGCGCCCUUUCUCACCCAGCGAGCCUAGCGAUGAAUCUGAUCAAGAUUUUGCUGAGGCUCGUAAUGACAGUGCUGAUUCAAUUGAUGCAUGAUUGAAUUUCAUGCUAAUAUGGUGUAAUAUAUAAAAAUUUUGAGUCAUGGUGUUUUCAAGAAACUGCAUGUUAUAGUUCAAAAGCGCUGACAUUCACUAUUUAAUUUGUUGAUUUGAUUUUUUUAUUUGCUAAUAAGCAGUUAAAGGAAUAUGUAUUAAAGUAAUUUUGCUUUUGUACAUGCUAAGGUAAUUAUUGUAUAGUACCCAGAUAUGCUGUUAUUUUCAUAUUGCAACCGGUUGAAAAAAAUGUACUUCAAGGGGUCUAAUAAUUGAGAAAAAUAAAUAUAUAUCUAAAUAAUAAAAAAAAUUU